AUGUCAUUGAACAGCCAGAUGUUCCACAUUGUGAUAAACGGCUGCCAAGAUGUUCGCAUCCAAGGGGUCAAAGUCAAUGCGGCAGGCAAUAGCCCAAACACUGAUGGCAUCCAUGUCCAAUUGUCAAGAAAUGUUGCAAUUUUCAACACAUCCAUCAAAACUGGAGAUGAUUGUGUCUCGAUUGGCCCCGGAACAAAGGACUUGUGGAUCGAGCAAAUAACUUGUGGUCCUGGCCAUGGCAUUAGUAUAGGGAGUUUGGCCAAAGACUUGGAAGAGGAAGGGGUCCAAAAUGUGACAGUGAAAAAUGCAAUUUUCAAGGGUACUCAAAAUGGUUUGAGGAUUAAGUCUUGGGCGAGGCCGAGCAACGGGUUUGUUGAAGGUGUUCAAUUCCUUGAUGUCCUAAUGUUUAAUGUCCAAAAUCCUAUUGUAAUAGACCAAAACUACUGCCCACACAACAUCAACUGUCCCGCUCAGGUGUCAGGUGUGAAAAUCAGUGAUGUCGUGUACCGGAACAUUCAAGGAACAUCAGCUUCAGCAGUUGCAAUAAAAUUUGAUUGUAGCGCAACAAACCCGUGCAGUGGGAUAAGACUCGAAAACGUGAGUUUGACCUUCAGGAAUCAAGAGGUUCAGUCACAUUGUGCCAAUGCAAAUGGAAAGAUUGUUGGCUCUGCUCAAGCAAAUAGUUGUUUGUAA